UUUCCUAAAACCCUAAACCUCUAUAAACAAGAGGACUAAGAUUUAGCAGCACACGAAGCAGCCAUUUCUGUCCUUCGAAAUGGUGGUCGGUCCAUUACUUCGAUCUCUGUGGUCCACAUCAACUCGAACCACCUCUUCUCAUUAUUCGCAUACCAAACCUUUAUUAUCCUACGCUCGAGCUGCUUUCUCUACCGCCGCCGCUACUGCCCCCGCCGAUGCUGCACACGGCGGCGCGCUGGAUCCUGGGCGGCUGAGGAAUGUGGCGGUUAUAGCUCAUGUUGAUCAUGGAAAGACGACUCUUAUGGAUAGGUUGCUUAGACAGUGUGGCGCUGAUAUACCUCAUGAACGUGCUUUGGAUUCUAUUGACCUUGAACGAGAACGCGGUAUCACUAUUGCUUCUAAGGUUACAUCCAUCUCAUGGAAGGACAAAGAGCUAAACAUGGUGGACACUCCUGGACACGCAGAUUUUGGUGGUGAAGUUGAGAGGGUUGUUGGCAUGGUUGAGGGAGCAGUACUAGUUGUUGAUGCUGGUGAAGGUCCGCUGGCACAGACAAAAUUUGUUCUUGCUAAGGCCCUAAAAUAUGGUUUACGCCCCAUUCUUCUUCUCAAUAAAGUAGACAAACCUGCAGUGACCGAAGAGAGAUGUGAUGAAGUUGAGAGCCUUGUAUUUGAUCUUUUCGCAAACCUUGGUGCUACAGAGGAACAAUUAGAUUUUCCUGUUCUUUAUGCUUCAGCGAAAGAAGGAUGGGCAUCUUCCACAUAUACAAAAAGUCCUCCUGAUGUGAAGGAUAUGUCGCAAUUGCUCGAUGCUAUUGUUGGGCAUGUUCCUCCACCGAGUGCCAGCCUAGAUGCCCCUUUUCAGAUGUUGGUUUCCAUGAUGGAGAAAGAUCCUUAUCUUGGGCGUGUUUUGACGGGUCGUGUAACUUGUGGAGUUGUUCGUGUCGGUGAUAAAGUAAACGGGCUUAAGAAGACAGACGAUGGAACUGUAAAAAUUGAAGAAGGAAAGAUUGUGAAGCUGAUGAAAAAGAAGGGUAUGAGAGCAGAUCCAGUUGAUAGUGCUGGUGCAGGUGACAUAGUGUCCAUGGCAGGUUUGUCAAGUCCGACAAUUGGACACACAGUUGCAAAUGCGGAGGUUCUGACAGCGUUGCCCACGGUUGUGCUUGAUCCCCCUACCAUCUCCAUGACUUUCGGCGUCAAUGAUUCUCCCUUGGCUGGUUCUGAUGGUAUUCAUUUGACUGGAGGGAAAAUUGGUGACCGGCUGCUAGCUGAAUCAGAAACAAAUCUUGCCAUAAAUGUUCUCCCCAGUACGUCGGAAUCAUAUGAAGUGCAGGGUAGAGGUGAACUUCAAUUAGGCAUCUUAAUUGAAAACAUGAGACGCGAAGGAUUUGAGCUCUCUGUCUCCCCACCUAAAGUCAUGUACAAAGUAGAGAGAGGUGUUAAGCUUGAGCCAAUUGAAGAAGUGACUAUUGAGGUUGAUGACGCUCAUGUAGGUUUGGUCAUGGAAGCACUUUCUCACAGGCGAGGUGAAGUUACUGACAUGGGCCCUGUUCCUGGCAACGUAGGAAGGACUAGAAUGUGUCUGACAUGUCCUUCAAGAGGACUGGUUGGCUAUAGAAGUGUGUUCAGCAGUGACACCCGUGGCUCUGGAUUUAUGCACCGGGCUUUUCAGACUUAUGAAAAAUAUCGUGGUCCUCUUGGAAAUGUCAGGAAAGGAGUUCUAGUAUCAAUGGGCCGUGGCUUAAUCACUGCUCAUGCAUUGACGAGUUUAGAAGCUCGUGGAAUUCUUUUUGUGGCUCCUGGGAUGGAGACAUAUGAUGGCAUGAUUAUUGGAGAACAUUCUCGAGAUACAGAUCUUGAUGUCAACCCGGUUAGGGCAAAAGAACUCAACAAUAUAAGGGCCCCUAGCAAGGAUGAGAAUGUGAAGUUAACUCCUCCUCGCCUUAUGUCUCUUGAAGAAGCCAUAGGAUACGUUGCUUCCGAUGAGCUUAUUGAGGUUACACCGAAAGCCAUUAGGCUAAGAAAGAGAUACCUGGAAGUGAACAAGAGAAAAACAAUGAGCAAGAGGCCCAAGGAUUGAAGUCUCUUUCUUUAUUUUCCCUCUAUACUUGUCAAAGAUUUUGCCACCAUUUGUAUAUGUGAAGCUUAAUUAUCUUCGCCUGUACUUAGAUGUUCCUCAUUUAUACAUCUUUACACUUAAUAUAGAUAGAAAAAAAGAAGUUGUAUCACAGAAUAUUCUUUUUCAAGCUCUGGCUAUCGGGAAAUGUAUUUCACUGUAACAGCUUAUUAAAGGCAGAGUUACUGAAAAUAAAAUGCUUGAACGCAAUAAAAACAUGUCGAACUUUGACCUCU